GAGUGAUUGAUUUUGAUAUAUGUGUUCCUGUGUAUGAUCGUAACUGUUCUUUCGUUAAUCAAAGAUUCAAAAAUCUUUGUAUCGGACUACUGUUUUGUUGACGGACGCUGUUGGUUGUAUUCCUAACGGAUAGUCAACGCACGGAGAGCGAUUGGAUACAUACAUAUCAACUCAGAAGAAAAACACAAAAUGUCCGCCGAGUUACUGUUUCUUUUCUAUUUGUAGAUAAUGUUGUCAAAGACACAUUGUCAAUGCCAAUUUUAAAGAUUAUACAUUGAUUACCAUCAAAGGGAGAUGGAUAAAAGUACCGGCUCCCAAAGUGAGGUUGUUCAUAAUACAUCCGGUGGAGACAAGAUGGAUGUGUCAAUUAAAGAGAGCGUCAUUUAUGGCGAAAGGGACAGUAGCAUGUCUUCUAAGGGAGAAGAUCCUGAUGAUGUGAUGAAUGGUGACAAUUCCUUGCAUGAGGAAACUUUACCAGAUGACCAAACAAAUAUUCAAAAGGAAGAAUUAAAAUCCUUAGAAGGUGAGGAUUCAAGUCCAGUUCCUCAGCAAGUCAAGAAAAGGAGGAGAUCAAGUGCAGUACAAGCUGUGUUAGCUGAUAGUCCAGAUCCAACAAGUCGUUCUGGAAGAACGCGUCGACCAAAGGUUGAUUCUGAAGACUUUCUACCCACUGAUGCUGUUCUUGGAAAAUCGCCCAAGAAAGACAGGAAAAGUAAUGAUACACUAUCCAGUCCCCCUGCAGAUGAAGAUGAAGCUAUGGAAACAGAGGGUGCUUUAAAUGGAUCUUUAGAAGAUUCAUUCUCUGCAGACCCUGAUGUACCAUCAAACACUGACACAGCUGGCGAUUUGAAGGCUGCUGCAGAUGCCUCAGGAGGGAGUGGUAUUGCUGAAGAAGAUGUGUCCACUGAAUAUGAACCAGGGGACCUCAUAUGGGGUAGAUUAGGACACCAUCCAUUUUGGCCCUGCGUUAUCAUCAAUGACCCUGUUAAUAAAGAGUAUUUCAAACUGACAGGACGAGGACGCCUGUCCUACCAUGUUUUAUUUUAUGGUGACAAUGGGAAACGCAGUUGGGUGCCAUCAUCCAUGGUCAUUAGAUUUCUAGGACUAUCUGAUUUUGAAUUACAAGCUGCCAACUUGACCAAUGAGAUUAAAAAGAAUAAUACCAAGUAUUACUCUGGAUUUUGUGUGAAGCCAAACACAAAACAAAGGUGGGAAGUAGCAGUUAAAGAAGCAGAAGCAGUUAUGGGCCUUACCAGAGAUGAGAGACUGGAUGCCUUUUUGGAUAACAUGCGUCAAAUGAAAGGGAGGAAAUCAAAGACAGCUGAUGAUUCACAAGACUCUGAUGAGAAUGAUGCAGACGGACUUGAUGAUGGGGAUGAAGGAGAUAAUGGUGAAAUUGCUGGCAGUCCCACACCAGGAACUAAAAAGAAAAAAAAGACAUUAAAAGCUGAAUCACCUCCUACUGAGAAAAAAAAGCGUGGCCGACCUCGUAAAGUUGACAUUUCUUUAAAUCAAACUGAUUGUGAUACACCUGAGCCUGUGGCUAAGAGCACACCAGGCCCAGGUCGUGGUCGCAAGAGGAAGCUGAUAGCUAACACUGAUUCUAAUCAGGACACAAAUGGGGAUGUAAAUGAUGAUCAAGAUUGGAAAACAAAUGGUAAAAAACGAAAGAAAAGAAAGAAGAAAAUCAAGCAAAGUUCUGAAGACAAGGCAUUUGCUUUAUAUUCUGAAAAUAAUCUAGACCGUAUACUAGAUGAUCACCCUGAAAUGGAUAAUACAGAUGCUGAGAAAUACUUGCGUCUUUUGUGGGAGAGGAAAGAUGAAGAUGAAAAAUCCAACUACAUUGCCAUGGUUGAUGACGAUUCAGAUGAAGAGGUAGAAUCUGGAUCAGAUGAGGAAGAUGAUGGAAGAGAUGAUACAGGUGUUGAGGAGGAAGUUGCUACCGUUGCUUCAUCGGAUUCGGCUAAGGAGGCUACAGGGGAGGAAACAUCUGUCGUUAUAGCUAAGAAGAAGAUAAAUCUAUUCCGAGGCUUUAAAAUGGAAAGAGUUUGUCAAAACUGUGAAAAGCCUGGAAAUACUGUCAGAUGUCGAGGUGUGUGUGCUGGUGUGUUCCAUGUUGAGUGUGCACGAGGUGCUGAUAAUUCUAUUGGACAGUACCGCUUACUUGAUGAUGAUGAGAAGCCCAAGAAACGUGGCAGAAAGAAGAAGGGUGAAGUUGAACUUGAGUCUAACAUCACCGUUCAGGUCACUCAGAAAUCAAAGGCAGAGAAACGCCACAAGAAAAUUUAUGCAGAGGAGGAGUCUGACAGUGAUCUUGACUAUGCAAACGGAGAUGUUAUUCCUGAGGUAUCUGACGAUGCAGCUGUGUUGAGAAUGAUUAUGGGUGAUACAUCUGUAGUCCCUGAAAUAGCCAUCAUGAAUCAAGAAGAGAGUGAGUCUGAGGAAGAGGAAUAUGACCAGAAUGGGCCAGUUCUCAGCAAUACUAGUAUCACAGAUUUUAGAUGUGGAGAUUGUGCUAUGCUGAGGACACCCCUCUGUUUCGUAUGUGGCCAAGCAUCUGUUCCAUCUGGGGAGGACAGCACUCGGACACGCUGUUCUGUUGGUCACUGUGGGAAACAUUACCAUGUAGAAUGUUUGAAGGUGUUGUGGCCCCAAGCAUCUUACAAUUCCCGCAAGGGGGUCCUCCAGCAUCUGACUUGUCCCCAACACGUGUGUCAUACAUGUGUAUCUGAUAACCCAAGAGGAGACAGAGGCCGAUUUGCCCAUGAGAAACUUGUGCGCUGCAUUCGCUGCCCUACGUCUUACCAUUAUGGUAACUAUUGUGUUCCUGCGGGUAGUAAAAUUCUUACUGCCACCCAAAUGAUUUGCCCUCGACAUUAUGAACCUCCUAAGAAAGCCAGUCAACAUAUCAAUGCAUCAUGGUGCUUUAUUUGUUCCAUAGGAGGGUCCCUGAUCUGUUGUGAUUUGUGCCCAUCAUCCUUCCAUGUAGAUUGCUUGAAAAUUAAACCCCCAACUGGUAGCUUUAUUUGUGAGGACUGUGAAACUGGUAGAUAUCCAUUAUAUAACGAAGUUCUUUGGGUUAAACUUGGGAACUACAGGUGGUGGCCAGCUUUGGCUCUGUUUCCUAGUGAAGUACCUGUUCUUGUUCAAAGCCGACCGCAUGUAAUGGGCGAAUUUGCUGUUCGGUUUUUGGGAACAAAAGAUCAUUAUUGGAUUGAGAGGGGACGCUGCUUUGUUUAUCAUGAAGGGGACUCUGUUCAAGAUGGGAAGAAAGGAACAAAGACUGGAAUGGAUAGCUCUUACCAGCGAGGAUUACUGGAAGCCAAUGAAUUGCAUAAAGCUCAUAAAGAACUCAGAGCUACAAUCCAGUCACAAAGCAAAUCUAACCCUAUGAAACCUCCACAAUAUGUUAAGAUCAAGACAAAUAAGCCUGUUGGGCCUGUGAAAAUACUUGAAUUUGAUACAUCAAAUAUUUCACCCUGCGAAUGCAGUCCUGACUCAGAACACCCCUGUAGUCCAGAUUCUGAAUGCUUGAAUCGAAUCCUGAUGGUGGAAUGUGACCCUAAAACAUGUCCUGCCGGAGAAAAUUGUGAAAACCAGUACUUUGAAAAGCGCAUCUAUCCUUCUCUUGCACCAUAUUGGACUGAAGGUCGGGGCUGGGGCCUGCAAAUUUUGGAAGAUGUGAAGAAAGGAUCCUUUAUUAUUGAAUAUGUUGGAGAAGUUAUUGAUGAUGAGGAGUACCAGAGAAGGCUUCUUCAAAAGCAUGAAGAAAAAGAUGAAAACUACUACUUCCUUACCAUCGACAGUAAUCGCAUCAUAGAUGCAGGACCUAAAGGCAAUGUUUCAAGGUUUAUGAAUCAUUCAUGUGAACCUAACUGUGAAACUCAAAAGUGGACUGUUUUUGGGGACACACGUGUUGGUCUAUUUGCUCUCGCUGAUCUACCUGCUGGUACAGAAUUAACUUUCAAUUACAAUCUAGAAAGCAAAGGAAAUGAGAAGAAACCUUGCCAGUGUGGCACAUCUGUUUGCUCAGGCUUCAUCGGUGCAAAGAAAACCAAGGCUCCCAUUGUGGAUGCUAAGGAUCAGGCAUCAGGCAAAAAGAAGAGACGUAAGCCAAGACUCCGUAACUUGAUUGAAGAUAUUUGUUUGAUUUGUGAUGCUGAUAAAGAAGCGGGAACAUUGUACUCAUGCCACAAUAAGGAGUGUGCCUCAAAGUAUCAUUUAGCAUGUAUUGGACGCACAACUGUACCUAAAGGCAAGUGGCUCUGCCCCAGACAUCGCUGUAAUGUUUGUGCGGAACGUACUCAGCGAUUUUGCAGUUAUUGCACAGAGUCUUAUUGCCCAGCGCAUUUGGGAAAUAAUUUGAUCACUGAUCCUCUUCAUGGUGACAUCUGUAAAACUCAUCAAAAGAAUCCUCUCUCAAAGGAAAAGCAAAUAAAGAACAAGCGAGAUGAAGAAAAGAAAAGAAAGGAAGAAGAGAAAAUGAAGCUUGAUACAGAGAAGAAAAAGCUAUAUGAGGAAGAGCGUGCUAGACGUCGCAGUCGAAGGGAACAAAUUACAUCUGAAGAGGAGGGUCUGAAAACAAAGCUAAAUGGUUCUGAUCUAGAAGAUGCUUUUAGUGAAUCCUCUGUCAAUAGUGAGGAUAAGCACACAAGUGCUCUCAAAGAAGCAUCAGCAUCUUGUGAUGAAGACAAUCAUAGUGUGAAAAACGGAUUUAACACUAACCUCAAAGCUCUCAAAUCAAGGAAAUCUUUCAAGGGAAUAUCUAAGGUCAGCCCUGAAGGUAAAAGCCCGGGUGUUUCUAAAAGAGGACGAAAGAGGAAAAUUAUUGUUGCUGAAGAAAGCAACUCUUCAAUACGGGUGAAAAAGGAGGGCGUCAAAGAAGAAUACUCACAGAGGAUAGAGGACGAUCUAAAUGAGAUUAAUAAUGGCAUCAAGGCUGUAGAGGAUGAAGAGUCUCAGAUAACCUCUUCGGUCCUAGACAAUUCCUCAAAAGAUGAAAUACCGGAUGCAGACCCUUCACUUGACAAAUUCAUGGUCCAAACACCUGCUCCCAUGGAUGAUGAACCACUUCAGUCACGAAAUACUCCAUCCGUGAAAAGAAUUAAAUUAAGUAGUCCCAAAUCAGAUAAAGACCAUUCUAAUGAAGCCUCCCCUGGAUCUGUAAGUAAGAGAGCACGAAAACCACCAGCCCAUAAUAUGGAUUAUGUGAAUUCUCAAAACUUAAACCUAAAAAGCAUGAAAGAUUCCACUCCAGACAAACCUGACAAAGUCAGCUAUGUCAAGAAAACUACCUCAAAGAAGCAGCAAGAUACCAAGUUUGACAAAGUUGGAUUAAUGGAUGAACUUGAAGAUUUAGCUACAGGCUUUGCCUCUGAUGAUGGAAUGGAUAGUCCAAAAAUUCUCCCUAAGAAAACUAGCUCCCGUGGUAGAGGAAAGCGACUCAGUUUAGGUAUUGUUAGAUCACGCACUGCAGACAGUACUACUGGUGAGAUUUCAGAUGCUAAGAGCCAAACUUUCUCUCCAAAUACUUUGAAGUCGCCUGCUGGUUCUCGUUUCUCUCCAAAUCCACUGAAAUCCCCAGUUGGAUCCCACUUCUCCCCUAACCCAUUGAAAUCUCCAAAUUCUCACAAACUAGCACCCAAAUCAUUAAAAUCUCCAGACAGUUACCAGUCUCCUCCUAGUUCCUUGAAGUCCCCUCCAGGUGGGUUUGGAAGCCCACGAUCCGGAAGCUCAGAGAAAUUGUCAGCUUCAAAGAUCUUUGCCAUGCAAAGGGCAAAGGGAUUGAAAGUAAUGCCUCCUAAUCGUCGUCUUUCGUUAGCUCGAGAACAGGCAUUAGGUGCCAGGUUUGAAGAAGAUGUACCUGAUAAAGUGGAAAGGGCUGUAAAAGGUUUGAAGAUCAUGAAAGGUCGGCGGUCUUCAGUUGAAGCAAAUUCAAGUGAAAAGAAAACUGAAAAUCUGCAUGGAGAAUUACUUCAAAGUGGUAUUGUGAAAAAAGUUAGACCCGUACUCUCUAAAGUUGAAGAUAAUGGAAUGAGUGUUGAUGAAGAUAUGGAAGACAAGGUGGUUGAAAAUAGCUCCCUGGCUUUACCAAAGACACCCCAACCCCAUGCAAUGCAGAGCCCACCUAAUAAGAAAAUGAAGCCUUCAUCUCCUAAGAAAUCAUCUCCUGGCAUAGGUGUGAGCUCUCUUUGGAAUCAAGAUAUUCUGAAUAUUAUAAAUUAGAAGUAAUGCCAUUGGGCUAUUUUUUUUGUAUUUUUUUUUUGUUUGUUUGUUUAAGAGUUACAUGAUGGCAUACGGCAUAGUAUUUUCAAGUAUCAACGCAUUAAUUAAUUAUUCAAUCAUUUGACAAUGGUUAUGAUUGUUAUUUCUUUCAAAUAUGAGAUAACCUAGUUGUAAUUCUUUUAGAUUCACGCUUAACUCUAGGAGUACAUAAAUUUUCAAGUCUUAGCUAUGUCUAAAAGAUUAUGUAGUCUUGAGCCAACUUUAUAUGUCAAUUUCAAUUGAAUAUUUUGGAGUUGGUGUAUAUAGUUGGCCUUAGUCCUUUGAACACAUUAUUUUGACAUGACAUUGUAUUUUACUGAACAUUUUAAAGUCUUUCGUCUAAUGUAAACGGCUGUUUUGUGCACCAUAGUGAUUUUUCUUGUGUGAUUUAGUUUUUUUUUUUGUCAUUCCACCAAAGAAAGUUGUCAAGGUGUGUUAUCUUAGUCAUGAAAAUUGUUAGUAUCGGUUGUUACGUGUUCAUAUUUUGCUUUGUCACUCAAAGGCUUUUUCAAGGCUCAUCACAUUCCCUCUGUGCUGUCAGAGUAGUUGGCAUUCACUACUUCCUUUCUUUUUUUCUUUUUUUUUUAAUUUUGCGUGUGUUUAGCAGUUAGAAUUAUGCCAGUAGCAUUCCCCAUAUAAAGUGCGGAAGGACUUUUGGUCAUAUUAUACAGCUUAUUACUUUUACUAUUAGGCUUUAUUCCCUAAGGAUGACGACUAGUAAAUGUUACCAUGAACAUGUGCCUGUAUCAGAUAGGUUCUAAUUUUUUAUUCAAAUAAUUUUUAAACUGAAAUUUGCAAAGAGGCAUCUUAAGAUUUGCAGCUCAUUGUAAAUAAUUCUUAUUUUCUAAUAUCAUCCAUGUCCAUGGUAGAUUUUUCUUUUCUUUUCAAACAUGAAAUGUUAUUGUAUUUGAUUGUUGUUUUUUUCUUCCGAAUAUUUAAAGCAAGCAGUAUUUUGUUUAAAAUCCUGGAACACAUGAAAUGUAAAUUGAUUCUCACUCCUGGUAUAUAAUUUUAUUUUAGUGACGUGUAUCAUUGCCAUCAGCACAUAUACAGUACAAAAGAAUAAUAAAGUGGUGUUGUGAUUCUCUUGGCAAACAACCAUCAACUAUUUAUUUGAUUAAGGUUUUAUAUCUGGUCAAGAUGUUAGAUUUUUACGGAUACUAUUUGUUGCCCUAUCUUUGAAAUGUAGUGUUUAUUUCUGAGAAUAAAGUUGAUUGGCGCCAGAAA